CCUGCCUGCUGAUGGCCAAUGAGCGGCUCCGAGCUCUUGAGGAGGUGGAGAAGGAGAUAGCGAUGACCCUGCAGUGUGCCGGUAAUAUUGUUCUGGAACUUUCCAAAGACAAACACAAUGCCAGCGCCCUGGACAGACAGCUGGUCCAGUUCCAGAGUUCCGUCAACAGAGUGGAGAGUGAACUGAGCUCCCAGAUCCGCUACCUCACACAGGUGGCUACUGGUCAACCUCAUGAAGGCUCAACUUACUCAGCGAGGAAGGACUGUCAGAUGGCACUGAACAGAGCAGAGUAUGCCAAGGUCAAACUGGGUGAACUGGGGCGGACCUGUGAAGUCAUGCUGGAGCAGCAGCAGCAGCAGCAGCAGCAACAACAGCAGCAGCAGCAGCAGCAGCAGCAGCAACAGCAGCAGCAGCAGACAUAAGAGCAGAGAGGGCAGCUGGCUGACUGGUGGAUAACAGCAGCAUCUCAUGCUGACACCUGAUGUGACUGUAUCUGCCCUCAUUCACCACUUCUGCCACCAGUGUUGAAAUCUUUUCACUGGUCCUUUUUUAUUCAUACUUACAAAUGCUGAAGAAUCUCAAGACAGAGAAAAAUGACAUAAAUACAAGAACUAUGUUUAAGCAGUGUACAUUGUAUUUCUGGGUCCACUUUGUUGUUAGGCAGUGCAUUUUUCCUUUUUACGUCUAUAGCAGGAUAUAUAGAACUUAUUAUCUUCUUCUAAUGAAGCCUCAGAGUGAUGAAAGUUAUGAUUUGAGAGCACGUAGGGACAGACUCAGAACAAAUAUCUGGAUUUGGUUUGCACUGUGAAACGUGUUCUUAGUAUUUCCUUCACCAGUUUUGUCAAAUUCUAAUCACUUGAUAAUGUUAGGAUUUGCUUUCCAACAAAAUCUGGCUAACAGGUGCUAAUACAUGCCCAUAGGGUGCCCAUGGUUUAUAUUGACUUAGACCUGAGGUCUAACAGGAAGAAGCUUCACUUUUUUGGUCAAUUGCAGCAAACCUUGCUUUCAUUUUUCCUGAGGACAGACAGUGAGUGAAGCUAAGUUUGUUUCCUUACCUUUUGAAGAGUCUCUCAUCUUCAAAACCUCAUUCUGUAUUAACUCUCACUUGUUUUGCUUGCUCAACAGUUGAAAAGCUUUUGUCAUGUCACAUAAAGAUCACAUGUUGUCUUCCGUUUGACAGGUGGAAAAGUUUAUUUUCACAAACAUGAAGAAGCUGUGACAACCUUUUUUAAUCUUAAAGCAACAAAAUAAAGAUAUUUUUGAGUAA